AUGCGGCAGCUCAAGCAUCACGAGCAGCGGUUGCUGCGGAAGGUGAACUUUUACGAGUGGAAACGCGAUAGCACACCUCGGGAGAACGUUUUUAUUAGACGAUACAUGAUCCAAGACAGAGAGGACUACCACAGAUACAACAAGCUGUGCGGCCUUAUUACCAAGCUGGUUUCUGGUCUACGAAGCCUGGCUCCCGAUGACUCCUUUAGGGUCAAAAUGACAGAACUGCUACUGGAUAAGCUGUACAGAAUGGGCGUUAUUAGCCGGCGUGAGGGCCUCUCCGCUGCAGAGGGGCUUCCGGCCUCUGCCUUCUGCAGGCGGCGAUUGGCAGUGGUUCUUUUGAAGAACCGGAUGGCAUCUCAUCUUAAGCAGGCAGUGGAAUACAUCGAGCAAGGCCAUGUGCGACUGGGAAAUGAGGUAGUAACCUGCCCCGCGCUGCACGUUACGAGGGACGGCGAGGACCUCAUUAGCUGGGCGCAGGGUUCUGCCAGCAACUCGUCUGCAGCUGCUGUCGGAUCCUCGUCAGCAUCUCCUCCUGCUGCUGCUGUCGCUCCUGCUGUUGCCGCUCCUGCUGCUGUCGGAUCCUCGUCACAAAAACGCUGUCUACUUCCUUCCACACCUGCAGCGGGAGGGAAAGCACUUUCUGAUGCCGCUGCCGGUGCAGCCCUUCCAAACGCUCCUGGAUCUGCUGCAACGUGUGCAGCUGUCGCCCACGCUGCACACACCGCAACGAGGCGUAUCCACACGAACCUUCAGCAACGCGCUGCUCCUGCUGCAAUUCCGACUCCUGACUCACAAGGCAUCUCCCUCCCUCCCGUUUCCCCCUCUUCUGCCGCCAUCCCUCCUGGAGAACUAGCGGGCAGCAGCAGUACCAACAGGAGCACCGCAAAGCGUGCAGCCCUCCAAGCCAUCAAAGAAGCUGCAGCGACUACCUGCAACACAGCUUGCUUCGUUUCCCAAACGUGA